GUCUACUGAGUAAAUUACAUAUAAAGAUGGAUUUUCCAGAUAAGUUAUUUUGUUCUGUUACGACUUCAGUAAGCAGCUUAGAGAAACAAAAAUGAAAUACGUUAUACUGAUAUGCCUUCUUGGUCUAACAGUCCAAAUUUAUGCCUCCAAGAUUCACAAGAGCUCAAGGCAGUCUAACAAUUGUGACUUGGAACCAGAAACAGGACCAUGUGGAGCUUACAUCCCCAGAUUUUAUUUCAAUAAAGAAACGGAAACAUGCGAACAGUUUAUCUACGGUGGAUGCGGCGGAAACAGAAACAACUUUGAAACUAUAGAGGAAUGUCAUGAAGUCUGUAAAGGAGCAUAAUUUUGCAAACUUCACCAACAAGAUGGACAGAAAAGGGGAGAGAUUUCUAAACACAAGACGUUUAAACCUUUGAUUUUAAAGUUGUGGAUACAUUUUCUAGAGAGUAAAAUAGUCAAGACACCAAAACCAAAAUUUACUACCAUGAUUUGUUUUUUAUAAAGGUAUCGGUGAUAAUAAAAUCUUUCUCAAAGAAUACAAUUAUUUUCUUACGUGAUGUUACAAUACCAGCUUUGAAUUGACCUUGAUGAGCGUGUCUAACCCUAUUUCUAUUUGUUGCCGAAAUAAAAUGAAAUGAAAAGUAGGAAAACAUCGUUAAAAUUUCAUUAUUAUUAAUCUGGAUUGUUUUCUUUAAUAUUUCUGCUUGUUAAG